UAACGAAAAAAUUUCCUUUCUCUCUCAUCAAUAGCGCACACGUACGUACUCUGUCUCUCUAAAGGCCAGUAAGUUUCUGUCUCUUGACAUGAUUCUCUUUUGGGUUUUCGGCAGUAAAGUUUAUCCGAUAUGAUCCAAAAGGACGUUGGAUUUUCGAGUUUUAAAAGGUUUUGCUCUUUCUUGUAUCCAUCUUGAAUGGAGGAAACUUGAGAUACUGGUUUUUCAGUUUCUCUCACUUUUUGUACCAUUUUGAUAGAGCAGACUUAAGCUUUUUGGGUUCUCAAUUUCAGAAGAUGAUUCUCUGUCCUAAUUAAUCGUAGAAGUCAAAAAGAACGUUGGGUUUUUUAGUUUUCGAGUUUCAUAAGAUUAUGGCUUUCCGUUCUUCAUUUUGAUGGAAAAAUCAUUGGUUUUGCGUUCUUCUUCCAUGCAUUGCUCUCGAUCCAAUUUGACAGUGGAAAGCUCGGGUUUCUGUGUUAUUGAGUUUCAGAACUACUUGCAUUGCGAAGAAAACUGUCCAAUUUAGUUAUCUGGAAUUUGCUAUUUUGUUCAUUUUAAAUUCUGCUUAUAUCUCAAUCCUAAAUGAAAUGCAAGUAGUUGGGAUUUUUAUUGUCUUCUUGUCCAUGAAUUUGGGCUGUUGGUAUUAUGAACUCUAAUGCAGAAUACACAUAGUGGAGCUCUGCGUCCUGAUAAUUAAGCUUAAGCACAUUUUGAUAUCCCAUUAUUGGUUCAGAGCGUAUCGCCCUUCUUUCUCGAUUUGGUUAUAGAAGAAAGACAUGGUUUUGGGCUCACAAUCCUUAUUUUAGUACAUUGUACCCUUUCCUCAAUCUCAAAUAUUAUGACCUAUACUUGCAUCCAACCUUUUGUUCUCAUGGGUCUUUAAAUUGAGGGUCUUUUGUCUUUCGAUUUCUGGGUCCUUUAAAGGUGUGGUCUUUUGUCUUUCAAUUUCUGGUUCCUUUAAAGGUGUGGUCUUUUGUUUUUAGAUUUCUGCGCCCUUUAAAGGUGUGGAAGAGUUUCUAAAGCUUCACCAAUAAUUUGCUUCAGAAAUGGCCCUAGCAACCACUGUAAAAGUUGUUUUGGGUACAAUAGCCUUUUCUAUGUUUUGGGUCCUAGCAGUUUUCCCUGCUGUUCCCUUUCUUCCUAUUGGUCGGACGGCUGGUUCCCUCUUAGGAGCCAUGCUAAUGGUUAUCUUUCGAGUUGUAACACCAGAGCAGGCGUAUGAAGCUAUUGAUCUCCCAAUCCUUGGUCUUCUCUUUGGAACCAUGGUGGUUAGUAUAUAUCUCGAGAGGGCUGACAUGUUUAAAUACUUGGGCAAAUUUCUUUCUUGGAAGAGUAAAGGAGGUAAAGACCUUCUCGUUAGAAUUUGUCUGGUUUCAGCUCUAGCUAGUGCCCUGUUCACCAAUGACACAUGCUGUGUAGUUUUAACUGAAUUUGUACUGAAGAUAGCCCGACAAAAUAAUCUACCCCCUCAACCAUUCCUCCUUGCAUUGGCCUCUAGUGCAAAUAUUGGGUCCUCAGCAACUCCCAUUGGGAACCCUCAAAACUUGGUCAUAGCAGUUCAGAGCGGCAUAUCUUUUGGUAAAUUCUUGAAAGGGAUAAUCCCUGCCAUGCUUGUUGGAAUUGUUAUUAAUGCCCUCAUUCUUUUGGCUAUGUUUUGGAAGAUUUUAUCGAUCGAAAAGGAUGAGGAAGGUGCAAUGUCAGAAGCAAUUGCAGAGGAUGAAGUGAACUCUCAUCAAUUUUCACCGGCCACCAUGUCGCAUCUGACGUCCACAGCUUCUCAAGAUAUCGAUGGUGGGGUGGAGAGUCCAUCUGUUAAUGGUGAAUUGGGUAUGGCUGAAAGUUUGAGGAAUCGAGUGAGUGUGGGUGAUAUUGAAAUCAUGAGGAGUAGAACGAGUGCUAGUGAGACUGAUAAUAUACGUGGAAUUGGGAAAGGAGUUGAACCUGAAACUGUGGAUCAGGUGGGGUGUACUGGACGAGAAGAUGGGGUUUCUUCAAGAAAGUUUUCUAGGCCCCCUAGUGUGAUGAAUGGCUCGAGAGAGAUGGGCUCAGUUCAUUCCACUUCUGAUGAGAAGGAAGGUUUUCUUGAAAGAUGGAGGAAGGUUAUUUGGAAGGUUUGUGUUUAUCUUGUGACUGUUGGGAUGCUUGUGGCAUUAUUAAUGGGUAUGAACAUGUCAUGGACUGCUAUCACUGCUGCUUUGGCCCUUGUGGUUCUUGAUUUCAAAGAUGCUCGACCUAGCCUUGAGAAGGUUUCCUAUUCCCUUUUGGUGUUCUUUAGUGGCAUGUUCAUCACUGUUGAUGGAUUCAACAAGACUGGAAUUCCCAGUGCUGUUUGGGAUUUCAUGGAGCCUCAUGCAAGGAUAGAUAGCAUUGGUGGGGUUGCAGUUCUUGCUAUAGUAAUUGUCGUGCUCUCUAACAUCGCUUCGAAUGUCCCCACAGUUCUCCUCCUCGGCGCUCGUGUGGCAGCAUCAGCGGCCUCAAUCUCUGCAGGGAAAGCAACACGUGCGUGGCUCAUCCUGGCGUGGGUGAGCACAGUGGCAGGGAACCUCUCAUUACUGGGAUCUGCCGCCAACUUGAUCGUCUGCGAGCAAGCUAGGCGCACUCAGCUGUUUGGCUACACCCUCUCCUUUUGGACCCACAUAAGAUUUGGACUUCCCUCUACAAUUAUAGUGAUUGCUAUAGGGUUGCCUCUCAUAAGGGGUGUCUAAAGGGCCCCUUUUUUUGUGGGAAUGGUUGUCUUCCAUGUAAAUUCUUGCUUUUGUUUUGUUUCUUGUGUUAAAACGAAUAAUAAAAUUGCGAGAAAAUGGGGGAAGGCUUGGUUGUACAAAGGUGGCUUUGGGGUUUUGUCCAUGGAUUAAUUGUGAUCAGCCAUAAUAAUGGGAUCAGAAAUUUAAAAAGGUGGAUUUGGGUAUUGAAAAUCGUGGAUUUCCGAUUUGGAUUGGCAAUGUAUGAGAAACUUUGAAUAAAUGGAUAAAUAUCCCAAUAGU